AUGAGUGCAGUCGGUAUUGAUUUAGGAACGUCAUAUUCCUGUGUUGGUGUUUGGCAAAAUGAUAAAGUUGAAAUUAUUGCCAAUGACCAGGGUAAUCGUACAACACCAUCAUAUGUAGCUUUUACUGAUACAAUUCUUAUUGGAGAAGCGGCCAAAAAUCAAGCUGUUAUGAAUCCACAUAAUACUGUAUUUAGUGUUCAUCGUCUCAUUGGUCGUAAUUUCAAUGAUCAGGACGUUCAAUCUGAUAUGAAGCAUUGGCCGUUCAAAGUUAUAAACAAGAAUGGCAAACCAGUUAUCAAUGUAGAAUACAAAGGAAAAAGAAAAGAUUUCACACCCGAAGAAAUUUUAUCCAUGAUAUUAGUAAAAAUGAAAGAGACCGCAGAAGCAUUUCUUGGCACACAAGUUAGAAAUGCUGUAAUUACGGUACCAACUUAUUUUAAUAACUCUCAACGACAAGCUAUAAAAGAUGCUGGUUUGAUUGCCAGUUUGGAUGUACUUCGCAUCAUUACUGGACCAACUGCAGUGGCUAUUACUUACAGUUUGAAUGUACCUUUUUAUAAUUCUCUAUUUUAUGAACGAAGUAGUAUAUUUGAUGCUUUCUUUAUUCCAAUGAUUGUAGCAAUUAGUGGCAUUCCUUUUGAAUACUAUGGAUCGAAUGAGAAAACUACUGGAGAAUUAAAUAUUCUUGUUUUUGAUUUGGGUGGUAGUACUUGUAACGUCUCUUUUUUAACCAUGAUUAAAGAGAAGAUUAUUGAAGUAAAAGUCGUUGCUGGUGGCACAUACCUUGGUGGUGAAGAUUUUGAUAAUCGUCUUGUAAAUCAUUUUGUACAAGAAUUCAAAAGAAAAUUUAACAAAGAUAUUUCAUCGAAUGCACGUGCUGUCUGUCGUUUAAGAGCAGCAUGUGAACAUGCGAAACGUACACUUUCAACAUCAACACAGGCUUCCAUUAAAAUUGAUUCUCUCUAUGAAGGUAUUAACUUCUGUACCUCUUUGACGCGAACCAGAUUUGAAGAAUUAAAUCAAGAUCUAUUUAAUUCUACUAUGGAACCUGUUAAGAAAAUACUUCGGGAUAGUAAAAUUGACAAAAGUCAAGUCCAUAAAAUUGUCUUAGUUGGUUGUUCAACGUAUAUUCCUAAGAUUCAAAAAAUGGUAUCUGAAUUCUUUGAUGGUAAAAAAACAGACAAAUCCAACAAUCCUUCUGAAGCCGCAGCCUAUGGCGCUGCCGUACAAGCUGCUAUUUUAUCUGGUGAUACUUCUGAAAAGACUCAAGAUCUACUUUUACUUGAUGUCGCACCUUUAUCUCUGAGUAUCGAUAUUACUGGUGAUAUCAUCAUGACACCAAUUAUUAAGUGCAAUACUAAAAUACCUACUAAGAAAUCUGAAAUUAUAUCUACAAAUUUUGAUAAUCAGUCUAGCAUAUUAAUUAAAAUAUAUGAAGGUGAACGUACUCGAACAAGAGAUUACAACUUACUCGGAGAACUCGAAUUAUCUGAAAUUUCUCCUGCUCCAAGAGGUGUUCCGCAAAUAAAAGUUUCUGCUGUUGAUAAAACAACAGGAAGACCAAAUAAGAUUACCGUCACUAAUGACAAAGGACGAUUAUCGAAGGGAAAAAUCAUGCGCAUGGUUAACGAAGCCAAAAUAUAUCAUGCAGAACGUGCAGAAAGAUGCCUGAAAUCCUAUGCAUACAACCUGCUUAACGUAGCUCAAAAUAUUGAUAAUAUAAAGAAUGAACUUCAUGACGCAGCACUAAGAUCAAUGGCAUGGCUUGAGAAUAACCGAGAAGCAAAAAAAGAUGAACGUGAACGUGAACAAAAAUUACUUAAAGAGAUUGUCGACCAAAUAAUGAAUAAACUUAAUAACGUAAGUACUUUUUCAAAGCUUUCUUAGCUCAAUAAGUACUUAUUGUAUAUUUGGUAUUAAAUUAUUAAAUAAAGUUAAAGAUCAUAAUGUACGUAAUAAAAGU